GUGGUAUAAUAUCCGUACCCUCAAAACUUCCCUCUCGGCUCUCUCUCACUCACCAAAGACAAAACACUGUCACACCUGGCUUUCAUCAUUGCCGGCUUCAACAGUCCGCCGGUUGCUGAAAGUGUUUUGAUAUCCACUCUAGUGGAGUUACAUAGGUAUAUAACACACAUAAAGUCAUCAUGGGUUUUACAAACAGAAACAAGACUUGGGUUGGUAACAUGUAUCGUAAGUUUGAGUGUAUAUGCCAGGAUGUUGAUGGUUUCAUAACCAAGGGUACUGUGAAUUAUGUUGGGAAUCAGGUGCAAAGUGUUGGUGACAACGUGAAAAGGUUUUAUUCUGGUGUUGUGCAAGAUUAUCUGUCACCACAUAAUCCUGUAGAACAAGAAGGGCAGUCCACAAGAAGAAAACAAAGCAAUGCAAUUGCAGAAACUGGAUUGUCUUUUCAUAAUGAUUGUGAUGAUGCAAUUUGUAGUUCACAUCUCAACUUCGAGGAGAGUAUGACAAUGGGGGCUCAGGAAUCACAUUCUUCUGACUAUACGAGUUCUGAAUCACUACAAUCUUCACUUCAUGAUGUAGGAUAUGCAAUUGCAGAAACUGAAUCAUCUUUAAAUAAUGACGGUGAUGCUGCAAUUUGUAGGAGCUCACAUCUCAGCUUCAACGAGAGUAUGACAAUGGUGGCUCAGGGAUCACAUUCUUCUGACAAUACAAGUUCUGAAUCAGUACAAUCUUCACUUCAUGAUGUAGGAUAUGCAAUUGCAGAAACUGAAUCAUCUUUAAAUAAUGGCAGUGAUGUUGCAAUUUAUAAGAGCUCACAUCUCAGCUUCAAGGAGAGUAUGACAACGGGGGCUCAGGGAUCACAUUUUUCUGACAAUACAAGUUCUGAAGCACUACAAUCUUCACUUCAUGGUGUAGGACCAACUAACCAGAAAGAUGAUACUCUCAGUAAGAGCUUUUCAGAUGACCCGAAUCUUUCAUUGAACUGUCAGAUAAUUCCAAAAGGAGACUUCAUCGAGGAGGUUAAAAUAGUGACUGAGGAACUGGGUUCUACUGAAUAUCAAAAUUCAUCUAGAUCACAACUACUUUCUGCCUCGCAUCUUGAGACCGACUGUAGAACCUCCCAGGAGGAUGAGAUGGUGACUACUAGGGAUGCUACUGAAUUUGUUUCUGAAGGGAGUAGCAUGUUGGUGGAAGAGUUUGUGACAGGCGAAUCUAGUUCCUCUGAUGAUAAGACCUUGACCGAAACCGAAGCACUUAUGAUUUCAAUCAUUGAGGAUUAUAAGGACACCAUCAUUUCCAAGUUGUCUCCUAAUAUACAACUUCAUGAUACAGAUGAAGGCAGUGAGUUCACGGAUGAUGGGACAGUGUGUAGUAGCUUGUCUAGUGCUUCUUGUCAUGUUUCCGAUGCAUCACACGAUUGGAGACAACUGCAUGGGAAGACCAUGUGGGUGGAGCAAUCACUGAAUCUGGGAUCAGACUCUUCUGAAGAUAUUGCGUUGAAGUCCCAUACGUUUUCAACUGAUCAAGACCACAAAUCUCAGGUUACUUCAGUAACUUCACUCAAUGAUCCAGGACUUGGGUCAUUUCAUAAAAGAAGCAGAGAACAUGGCUGGCAUGCUGAUUCUAGUGAGUGUGGUUCUAGAGUCUCUAGUGACCUGAAGUCCCCCACAUCUUCUGCUACUUUUUCCUGUGCAACCAAUGCUAUUGAUGUGAUGCCGGAUUUCUGCAGCAGUGCAUUGUCUUCAGAUUUUAUAGGUGCAUCAGAAGGUGAGCUCAAGCAUGGUUGUCAGCAUAAUCAAUUGACUGCUCUUGUUUCUCCUGUGGAAACAGAUCCUUGCAUGGAAACGAUUGAUCUAUCUGAUAAGGAGAAACUUGACUUUAGCUGCGUCGAAAUGGAUAGCAAUAAACCACUCAAUACUGUCUCUUCAGGACCAAGAAGAUUGAAAUCUUACAAGAAAUUAAUACAAAAUGCUUUAACUUCUCGGAAGAAAUUAGUUACCGAGUACAAGCUGUUGGCAAUUUGGUAUGGAGAUAUCGAUCCAGAAAGCUGCCAACAUUCAAUGGAUAGCCCUGCUGCUGUCCCUGCAACAUCUUUAGACUCAUGCAAGUGCUGUGAAUCUGGAUGGGAGCUUCUGUAAAUAAGCCAUUUACUUGUCUUGUACAGACAAAUGUUAGUUUGAGCAGGCCCUUGUCAAUAAGUUGCCCACAUAAUUCCUUCUUUUGACAAUAUUUCAAGGCAACAUAAUUCCUUCUUUUGACAAUAUUUCAGUAAACUAUAAUUCCACUUUUGGUUCUCUGGCUA